CCCUCCCCGAAAAAAGCCGAGCGGCACAGCGAUCUCCCUCCCCUCCCUCUCCGGAUCUCCAUUGGUGGUGCAAAGCAAAGCGAGCAGCCAUGUUGCCGAGAGCUUGUUCCGGUAUGAGGGCAGCCUGUCGUGCUUCUUAGACCGCAUUUGGGCGCAGCUCUUCAGCUUCUUUGAGCUUCCAGGCUCAACCGAUCGAUCGAUCAUGGAUCCUACAAGUUGAUUGAUUUAAGACCAAAAAAACAACAACCUCACAGUGGUGACUAUUUGAGGGAAAUAUUAAGCCAAUGGUGGUAUCAUCAGGACGGGCCACACUGCAGUGCAGCACUGGUGAGCGAGCGUGUUGCUACCAAGAAGCCGGAGAGACGCCGCUUUUCCUGGAUUGUGUGCCUCGCUGUGUGGCGGCCGUCUACCGCCACCUCCAUAGCCGUCUGUGGCCGCUGGAGCUUAGGCUGGCUGGCUAACUCGCUCCCGCCUCGGAGGAAUCGGCUAUCUCCAUGGGCUAAAUCAAACUUUUUACUAUUUCUACAUCUUUCUAUUUGUUUGGAUAGUUGGACAUCUCACGGGGGGACAUUUUGAGCUGUUAUUUUGUGACUUGGCGAAACCGGAACAUUGUCGGGAAUCAUUUUGGCCUGGAAGUUUUUUUUUUUUAAGGCUUGGAUUUAAAUCUCGAAGGAAUUAUACUUAAGUGUCAUUUUUAGUCACUAUUUGAUUUCAUUCUAAAUUGAAAGCCACCGUUCUAGUUAGCAUGCUAUUUGAACCGUGUCUCGUUCAAUACAUAGAUUAGCUUAACUUUCCCCCCCCCCAGCUAGCUGAAGGAAGUUCGCUGCUUCAAACGUCACAGCUUCGUGGUCGCCCACGGACUCCCCCUAAAUAAUAACAGGGGGUCGGAAUUCUCGAAACCAGUUAUUUUCGGAGGACAUUUGGCUGUUUUUUGUCAAACAUGGGGCGCACAGUUGACGCUAGCUAGUCCCUUGCUAGCUAGCUAACUCGGCCAGCCGCUGAUGUUGGAUCCAACUUGUUGAUUCACAGGCUAGCUAACGUGUUGCUAGCAGGCUAGCACCGGGCAUCUUGUUGGUGGUUUUCCUUUUACUCCAAACAUCACCAACAUACGCGAUUAAAUGAACAGAAGCCAGUGAAGAAUCAUUCUUGGAUUGCCUCUGCCUUUUUUUUUGCAAAACACAAAGUCAAAUGUCAACAAGGAUCCCACUGGUGCAAGUCAUUGAGAAUUCUGCAGGGCAGGACUCCAAGGUGUCUGGCCGUUCCAGCAUGUCGCGAUGUAGGAACUCCAUCUCGACCACUACAUCGGACGACCAGCCACAUAUUGGCAACUACCGGUUGCUGAAGACCAUCGGCAAGGGCAACUUCGCAAAGGUCAAACUGGCCCGGCACGUCCUCACUGGCAAAGAGGUGGCUGUUAAAAUUAUUGAUAAAACACAGCUCAACUCCUCCAGUUUGCAGAAGCUCUUCCGGGAGGUGAGGAUCAUGAAGAUGUUAAACCACCCUAACAUCGUUAAGCUCUUUGAAGUGAUCGAGACGGAAAAGACUUUGUACCUGGUGAUGGAGUAUGCAAGUGGAGGAGAGGUUUUUGAUUACUUGGUGGCUCAUGGCAGGAUGAAGGAGAAAGAAGCCCGUGCCAAAUUCAGACAGAUUGUGUCAGCAGUGCAGUAUUGCCAUCAGAAGUGUAUAGUACACAGAGACCUCAAGGCAGAGAACCUGCUGCUGGAUGCAGACAUGAACAUCAAGAUAGCAGACUUUGGCUUUAGCAACGAGUUUACUCUGGGGAACAAACUGGACACGUUCUGUGGCUCCCCACCCUACGCCGCUCCAGAGCUAUUCCAGGGCAAGAAGUAUGACGGCCCUGAGGUGGAUGUCUGGAGCCUGGGAGUCAUCCUUUACACACUCGUCAGCGGCUCUCUGCCUUUCGAUGGCCAGAAUCUCAAGGAGCUGAGAGAGCGUGUUCUGCGUGGCAAAUACAGGAUUCCUUUCUACAUGUCCACUGACUGUGAGAACUUGCUCAAGAAGUUCCUCAUCCUGAACCCCUCCAAAAGAGGCAGCCUAGAGCAGCAGAUAAUGAGGGACCGGUGGAUGAAUGUAGGCUACGAAGAGGAGGAACUCAAACCCUACAUUGAACCGCAGCCAGAUUAUAAGGACCCUAGGAGGACAGAUAUUAUGAUACAGAUGGGAUUCUCUCAGGAGGAACUCCAGGACUCACUGGUGAAUCAGAAGUACAAUGAUGUGAUGGCAACAUACCUGCUAUUGGACUAUAGGAACUCUGAGCUGGAAGAGAGUGGUAUCAAGCCCCGACCUGGAAGUGAUGUAAGCAACAUAAAUGCCCCCUCCCCGCCUCACAAGGUACAGCGUAGUGUAUCAUCCAACCAGAAGCCUCAAAACCGCAGAGCUACUGACCAAGGCUCCUCUUACUCAAAGAGAGGAGACAACCGGACUUCUGGGGAAGAUUCUGUGAGGAAAGGUUCAUCGGGCAGCUCAACUACCAAGGUGCCAGCAAGCCCUUUGGUCUCCUCUGACCGCAAGAAGAGCGCCACGCCCUCUACUAAUAGCAUCUUGUCCACCGGCACUGGGCGCAGUCGGAACUCUCCUCUGACUGAGAGAGCCACGCUGGGCAUCCAGAACGGCAAAGACAGCCUAAACACUCCGGGUUCCCGUGCCUCCACUGCCUCAGCCGCCGCCGUCCUCUCCUCCUCCUCCUCCUCCUCCUCCUCACGUCCCCGCCACCACAAGUCCUUGUCCUCCUCCAAUCAUCCAUGCGCCACUGACCUGCAUGCACAACGGCCCAGUGCGCAAUCUCAGCGGGCACCUGGCGCCUCCCCGUCGGCCCACAACAUCAGCAGCGCGGCGGUGACGGACCGCACCAACUUCUCCCGCGGGGUGGGCAUUCGCAGCACGUUCCAUGCAGGCCAGCAGCGGGGGGCCCGGGACCAACAGGGCUCUGCCUACCCUGGCGGGCCCGCGUCUCCAUCGCUGUCACAUGGCAACAGCCAGGCACGGAGGACACACGGCGCCACAGGGAUUUUCAGCAAGUUCACGUCAAAGUUUGUACGCAGAAAUCUGUCGUUCAGGUUUCCAAGAAGGAGUCCGUAUGAGGGAGAGGGUCGGGAUGAGGGGAGCAGGUCCAUGCUGAGCAGCACGGUCGACAAGUCAGAGAAGACGUCUGGUGGCGUUCUCUCCUCCUCUUCCAACAAUGAUGAGAAUAACUCCUCACCAGGAUCUGGGAACACUGGCGGCACAGGCACCCCCCCAGCCAUUGCCAACCAGAAGGACUCGGCCAAGCCCCGCUCGCUGCGCUUCACCUGGUCCAUGAAGACCACGUCGUCCAUGGAGCCCACGGAGAUGAUGCGCGAGAUCCGCAAGGUGCUGGAUUCCAACAGCUGCGAGUACGAGCUGCGCGAGCGCUACAUGCUGCUGUGCGUGUCAGGUAACCCGGCCCGCGAUGACUUCGUCCAGUGGGAGAUGGAGGUGUGCAAGCUGCCGCGGCUCUCCCUCAACGGCGUGCGCUUCAAGCGGAUCUCGGGCACGUCCAUCGCCUUCAAGAACAUUGCGUCAAAGAUUGCCAACGAGCUCAAGCUGUGAGCAUCCCGUGGGGGGGACUGGGUGGGAGGGCUUUAGGGUCUGAGUGCGCGGCUGUGCUGGAGCUUGACAGCUUGGAAUGACAUGAUUGUCCCACAAUGCGUUGAAGUAGGGCCAUCCCUGAGCUUUUCUUUCUUGAUCUUUUCUUCCCAGACGGUUGGAACUCUUGAUGUGAAGUACUUACAAAUCGGCAUCUUCUUCUUUCCCUUAUUUGUUUUUUCCAAAUAUUUCCGCCACUUUCUGCUUUUCUCUGCAUGUCGGAUCUGCUCCUGUUCGAUCACCUCGGGCACUCCUGUCACUUCCUUGCUAUUUAUUCGCUGCACAGAUCUGUUCUAGGGAGGGAAGCGGUCUUGGAGAGCAAGGAUUGACUUCAUGAUGGAAUGUGGAGCCUUGUUUUCUGGAGUUGUUCCCAUUCUCCAAAAUGGAUCCAUGGACUCGCAACCGAGCCAUGCCCUCAGACAAAAAUGGCUUUGUUGAUCUUGAUGAUAGAAAGGAUGCCUCAUUCAUCACCAGCCCUGAACUGAACCGUGUUACACACACACACACACACACACACACACACACACACACACACACACACACACACACACACACACACACACACACACACACACACACACACACACACACACACACACACACACACACACACACACACA